AUGCCUACGAGACCAAAUUUACGCAUACAUGGCCUUUCAGCUGCCAUGGCAACGAUGGUUGCCAUUCUUCAUGUACACGAGCCUGCUUCCUCUGCAUCGCUCUCUUUUGUGUCUACUCGUCAUUCAGGUGUGUCUGUCUGUCCACCCGUCUGUCGGCUGCUUUUUCUGCCUCCCUUUAGUCUGCGUUGUCUUGACACGUCGCAUGCCUACACACGGCUCCCGUCGGCAUCACAUGAGCCUCGGUGUACCCGUUUAUGGGAUUCGGGCAAGUCUGUGAAUGGGCCGAGACGAGCCGGACUCGGCUGCCAGGCCCCGUGGGCGCGCGAAGCCGACUUGACGUCGCGGCGACUGGAUUGGCUCCGGCCGCAGCUUAGCAACAACUCACAGACGCCAUCCUCCCAUUCUCACGUCGCCAGGUCCGAGUCCGCCCACACGGCCGGUUGGGGAGUAGCGUCCGAGUUGUGUCCCCUCAAAAGGCCGAUUUAUUGCUCUUCGCAACGGACUGGGGCGCGCCAUGUUGCAAUUGGUACCGUUUCACCCAACUGGGGAGGAGGGGUGUGGCUUUUUUGCCGAAUCGUGAGUUGA